AUGCGGUUCGAGCAGACCAACAUCGAAGAUGAGUUUGUGUUGCCCCGACCAGAAGUAAACUUGGCGAGUCUACUGCCACCCACCGAUUUUUCAUUGGAUGAUCUCUUUGAAAUUAAAGCCGCCGAACUAAGUCUGGAUAAAUCAAAUGCAGCAUCCUCUAGCCGCAUUUCAAUUGAAGAGAUUCGCGAAAGUGCAAGGCGGCAUAUUUCAAAACCUCAGCAUACUCUAGCUGAAGAAGUGCAGCAGUGGUUUGCGCUGCUUGAAAGUGAUUGGAUUCAGAUUUACAGAGGCAUACCAUGUGACCAGGACGACUCCGUGACAACCGUCACCGCUGCUGCUGUCAUACCGGAUAUCGCGGACGUUUUUUGGAUGCUGGAACACUGCCCUAGUGACGCUUAUAUCAGCUUUGUGUGGAAUCAUCUUCUUAUAUCACUUCUACAACAAGGGGUACGCUCGAACACGUUAGACCAUCAGCGUCUAAUGGCUCUUCUAGUUGCACAUCACUCGUUUAAAUCCCUUGCUCCAAAGGAUUUCCGCGCGAAACGAUCUAUCGAAGACAACGAGAUGCUGCAAACACUCGCUCAUUCCGCAUUUGCGCGAGCGAACGAGUUCAAGACACUUGAUAUGGAACGUGCUGGCGGUAAUCUUAGUCACGAAUUUGGCAAGAUAGGAUUCGCGAGCAAAGGUAUUCCUACCAAAGGAAAGUUUAAGCUUUCUUUUUCAAAAGAUUUGUUACCGCUGAAAGCGAAAAAACAACUGAAUCAAGAAGCUAAACCUAAAGCGAAGUUCGUGACGUCAUCAGGGGUAGCCAUGGCGAUAAACAAGAAAAAACUUGUACAAGAAGGUACAACAAAGUCAAAGACGAACGGCUUCGCAACCAGUAGCUUCAUGCGGCAGCCUGCGAAGGAUAGACUACCUAAGAAAUCCUUAGGAUUUAGUUUUAUGAGAUUCCAGCCCAAGCCAAGUGGUCCCGCAAAUCCAACUUGCACGUCGCCGAAAGCGACACAAUCAGCACUUGCAGAAGCAAAACCAUUGCUGGGCAGAUUAGCCAUUAACGCAGUGAAGAAGAAAAAGUACAACUCUACGGUGGAUACUGCAAUGAAGAAAGGCAAAUUUAACAAUUUUCAGCCGCAACCAAAAGGACUGCUGCCAUUUGCAGCUCGUUCAGGGACCGAAUCCUUCAACUUGAAAAAAAGGAAGGCAUCUCAAGACAAGAAUUGCUCAUUUCCGAGCAAAAGUGCACGUGGAUAUACUUGCUUAGCGUUGUCAGAUACUAUUUGCGACAAGGAAAAGAGUAGCGUCACUACGGCUAGAGCCAACGCUAAAAUGACUGGAGACACAUGCUCUGAUAUUCAAUCAGGUGGGCUGAAGACAAAGUUAAAUUGCGGAUCACUUUUGAAGAAACGAAGCUUGCUGGCGACCUCAACAGUGGCAGCUCCGGGAACAAAGCGGAGCAAGGCUCCGGUCGGUAUGCCUUCCGCUGCGAUAACAGCAAGUUGUAUCUCUAAAGAGUCAAGGGAAACGGUAAAUGAAGAAGUCAAAGCAAAAAAACCUUUAGUUGAUGGUUAUGAUGCCAAUGCGGAUCAAGCUCCAACUGCUCAUGAUUUUGAGCAAAUCUCUGUGUAUACUGCUACUGAUGGACACGUUCGUGCGGAGCUGAAUGCUGUGCCGUCUGAAUCACGAGAAGAGUGUGGAGCUGAUGAAGAGCUUGCGAUUAUUAUGAUGUGCACAAUGGACGAUGACAAGGAGGAGGAAUUUAUGAUCAAGGCGGGAGCGUUACAGGAAACAACUAAUCGAAUGGGGCUUGAGCAACGGUUUCUUCGAAAGCGUCUUUUGGAUGUUCAUGCUGACGUCAGCGAGAGUCUGCUCGACGCCCUAACUGAUCUUAUGGUUGAAGAGGGUGGCAUCGGGAUCGAUAAAAUUAAUUUUGACAUACAUGUCGAUGUCGAUAGUGGCGACGCGUUUCCGCAUGAGGAUAGGAAUCAAGUUUUUUAA